AAUACAUUUAAAAAAACUCAUCAAAUAACAAAUUAAUGGCUGCUCCUGCUUCCGAGGACGUCCAAAUUUCAAUAAGGAAUGAGAACAAAGAAGAGAAAGCCAAGUACAGGCAGAGAGCACAGUGGUUGAGAGCGGCAGUGCUUGGAGCCAACGACGGGUUGGUGUCAGUAGCAUCACUGAUGAUGGGAGUUGGGUCAGUCAAACAAGACGUCAAAGCAAUGUUGCUCGCUGGUUUUGCUGGUCUUGUGGCCGGAGCCUGCAGUAUGGCCAUUGGAGAGUUUGUGUCUGUCUGCACCCAGAGGGAUAUACAGGCUGCCCAUAUCAAGAGAGAAGAGGCCGCUCCAAAGACACAGGGAGAGGCAAAUGAAGAAGAAGAAGAGGAAUUGCCCAACCCAGGACAGGCCGCGAUUGCUUCAGCACUUGCUUUUUCAGUAGGAGCAGCUGCUCCGUUGCUGGCCGCAGUGUUCAUAGACAACCACAAGAUAAGACUGAUGGUGGUGGCAGUGGUCGCCACUUCGGCUCUCAUGGUGUUCGGAGGGUUAGGUGCCUUGCUCGGCAAGACUCCCUUGCUUAAGUCCACUGUUCGAGUUGUGUUUGGUGGAUGGUUAGCUAUGGCUCUCACUUUUGGUCUCACCAAAUUGAUCGGCUCUGGUGCCAUGCAGAUUUAGUAUAUAUUAACGUUGUCUCUCUAUAACAAUAAUAUGUCGUGGUCUUUUAUAUAUUUGCAAGGACGUUGUAAUAUUUAGCCUUCGAAUGAAUGUAGCUGCUUUGCAGUCUUGGUCAUGCUCUUUGUGGGUUCAAUUGUGUAUGUGUUGGUUUUUGGUUCAAGUCUUUUGUUGAUUAUU